GUUUACUGUUUAUUUAUUUGACAGCACGUAUUUGAAUUUGUUUUGCAUUCAUAUUUUUUUCAAGAUUUACCAGUCUCGUUUUCGCAACCAUUUAAUAUUUUUUAUAUUGAAUACUGUGAAACAAAUAAAAUACUAAAUAAGAUGUCGACUGAGGAUACAGAACAGUAUCGCCAGUUCAUAGAGAGAUUGCAGAAAGAAGAACAUAGACCGGCUGCACUGAAUGAUAUCAAAAACUUGUUGGCAUAUAAGCCUGCAGGCGAGGCUAUCACUACCAUAAGAGAUGUUGGGAUAUCUAAAAUCGUUCAAUGUCUAAAUGUACCUAACACAUCUCAUGUAGAUUUAACAUGCGAAGUUCUAAGGGUAUGCUUUGAGAAGUUUCAACCUGGAGAUGUGGUGAAGAACUAUACAAGUCAUAUCAUGUACUUGCUUCGUCAUGGAAAUAGUUGUGUGAGGAGACUAGCUAUUGAUCAAGUACAGAAGGCAGUUACUACUAGUCCUACAACAUUGCCGGUACCACAAUACAUUGAUGUGUAUGUAGCAGUGGCUCAAUUAGUCAGCGAUCCAGAUAUUAGUGUUGCCAAUUCAGCUGUGUUGAUAACAUCUAACUUGCCACAUGAGGCUUAUAGUAAAGUUUUGGAAGAGAUGCGGAUUGCCCUUGAGUAUAAUAGCAGCAGCAAGUGUAAUGUUUUUGAGGUUGUGGUCCAUAUCUCAACAAAAUCCUAUGAGCUGUUUAAACUGUGUGCUGACCUGAAAUAUGUGGAUUUCAUGAUAUCAGAACUACAAACUGAUGAUGUACUGUACCAAGUCAACAUUCUAGAACUGCUAUCAAGGUUGAUUAUCAAACCUCAUGGCAUCAAUUAUCUUGUAAAAAAUGGAGCACUGCAGAGAAUUUUGGGUCAUGUUACAGAGUUGCAGAAUAAUCCUCUUCGUGGGUUGUUGAUACCAGGAUACAUGAAGUUCUUCGGGUGCAUUGCUCACAGUUACCCUAAAGAAAUAUUUGAGAAACACUCAGCAGUUUUUGAUACACUAUUUGAAGCCAUUGAAUCUGGUGACCAAACUGUUUUACCUGUUGCAUUGGAUACUUUGGGAUUUAUUGGUACAACUGUGGAAGGAAAGUUAUGCUUGGCUGCACUAGGUAUCAGAUACACGCAGGCUGUGGAUCACGUCAGUCAGCUCAUCAGGAAUAGUGACACUGAAACCAAGAUUCGUGCUUUGCACUGCUUUGCUGGCCUUAUGAGCAUUGACAAAGAUCCUAGUGUGUCCAAAAACACACCUGUUGACCACAGGGUGACCUUAAUGACUAGAGAAUGGUUUAGAACUUUGGAUCCUAAGCCUAUGGAAACCUUAUUUGAUAUCUGCAAAAACCCAUUUCCUGAUAUAAGACAAGCUGCAUUUAUAUUGUUGGAUGCAGUUUGUCAACAUCAAUGGGGUGAAGAAAUGGUUGCUCGAGCUGCAGGUUUCAUUGAAUUUCUUCUAGAUCGUUCCAUAGUUUAUACAAAGGAGACCAAUGAAGCUAAGUAUGAUAUAAUUAAAAGGCUGGCCAAUUCACCAGCAUUUGAUUCUACUAUUAUUGGGCGACUUCAUACUUAUGUAGAGCAAGGUCCAUUUUAUUCUGAAAGUCAGUUGGAAGUUGCAAUGGAAGAAGGAGACUGAAUUAUCUAAUUAAGUCAAUAAAACAUGCAUUGUGUCAAUAUCGUUUUAACAUUACUUUCGGCUUUUGUACGCCAAACAAUUUCAAAACAUUUAACUCACAAAGUGUGGCAAGAACAACUUUAUACAUUAACAAUAUUAACUAUAGUAAUUGGAUAUCCAUUUUGUUCAUGUUAUUUCUUACAGGAAAUUGACAAAUUGUGUUGUUUCAUCCAAGUGUGAUGAGAUGGUUCAAAAAACAAUUCAUUCUAAAUGAACUAUAACUGUUGGCAUAUUUACUAAAAAUACAAGAUUUAUUUUAGUUUCAAACAAGAAAUGUAAAAUUUAAUUUUUUAUUAAAAUAUUGUUGAUCUA